AGUUCUCAGCUGAGAACCAGGGGCAUCAUUGGACGAUAACAUUUUGACGUCGAAAUUGGUUGAAAAAAGAGAUUACCUCGAUCUAAUCCGUUCUACGAGGACGAGAGGAAGGAACAAGGCGUACUGGAGAAAAGGCUGGGUGCGGUGGCCAUGGCUCUGUUGGCGGUGGUGCGCUCGCCGCCCCUCACGUUCCUCCAGACGCUGGUGUCCCUGCUGCUGUCGGCGGUGGCCCUGCUGUCUCCGUACUGGUGCGAGGGGCGGCAGAAGGUGCCCAAGCCGCUGUGCACGCGCACCAAGCACACGCGGUGCAUCCCGGUGCCCGGCGUCUCCAACUCCGCCGCCAUACAGUUCUCCUGGGAGACCGGCGACGACCGCUUCGUCUUCCCCGCCUUCCACGCGGGGCUGUGGAUCAACUGCGAGGAGAACAUCUACAGUGAUGAGUGGGAGGAGAAGUGUCGCUAUUUCAUGGACCUGACUCCGCGAUCGGAGAAAGGUAUUCUGUGGCUGUCCAUCAGCAUGGAGCUGAUGAAUGUGGGGCUGUUGAGUAUCAGCUGCAUGCUGCUGCUGCUGCAGCUGGGUCUGCGCAGGCGGCUGCGCUGCGGGAUGCUGCUCAACGCUUUCUCUGCAGUCUUCACCGUGCUCGGAGGUCUGCUGGGGAUGGUAGCUCAUAUGAUGUUUAUGCAGGUGUUCCAGGUGACAGCUUCUAUGGGGCCAGAGGACUUUAAUCCCCACAGCUAUGGCUACUCCUGGGCCUUCUACGUGGCCUGGGCUGCUUUCUCUGUCUGCAUGUCUUCCGGCGUCUCCACCCUAAACAGCUACACCAGAGACACCCUGAUGGGGAGGCUGAAACUCAAGGCCUGGGCCUACCCUCUCCAGCCACGCCCUGCCCCCUCCUACUAUCCCCCACCCCUGUCCCCUUUAUCCCCCUACUGCAGUCCCGAAUCCCCUCCCCACUCACCUCCCUCCCCGCCUCCUCCACCACCUCUCCUUCCUUCUCUCUCUCCCUGUUUUUCUCCCUCCGCCCCCACUUUAUCUCUGUCCUCGUCUCGCCCAGUCUGCGGCUACAUACCCCGCUUCUGCCAAGAGGAUUCCAGCGGCCCUCUCUGAUGAUGUCACUUCCUUAAAUGACCGUUGCUACCCUGAACUACCGGGGACGUUUGUUUGUCUUCUGUUUGACUGGUUUUUUAACUGAACACAAUGACAUCACUGUAGCUUAUAAGUGGGAUGCUAUUGCUUUAGAUUAAAUGAAGGAGGACAAGGCAAUGGUGUUCAUGCAGCUGAUGCUACUGUGUUUCCGGCAGGGUUUUUGAGCAAGGAGACCUAGAGCUCCUUUGAUUACACCUGAGCAAUACAGAUUACUACUUACAUUAAAACUACUGUAUGUGAUAUCUCCAGCGUAUGUGAAAUACAGCAAUGUACUUUUCUUGAGGUUUGUACAACACAGGACAUGUGCAGAAUAAAGAGAAUUGAACUUGUGA